UCAAUUGCAAGCUGCUAUUUGUCUCUUCUUCCUUCAAAUUGAACAAAUUUUUUCUUGUGUUUUGUUGAAUUUUACCAAAAUCGUGAAAGAUGGCCGGACGUGAAGCUGUAAGAAAAGCUGUGCAACAAGUGCGUCCCAUCUUGUCGGUGGAUCGUGAGGAGGCGCGCAAACGUGCACUCAAUCUCUACAAAGCCUGGUAUCGGCAAAUUCCUUAUAUUGUCAUGGAUUAUGACAUCCCCAAAUCGGUGGAAGAGUGCCGCGCUAAACUGCGUGAAGAAUUCGAAAGGCAUCGUAAUGUGACCGAUGUGCGCGUAGUUGAUAUGCUGGUCAUAAAGGGUCAAAUGGAGCUGAAGGAGACAGUAGAAAUUUGGAAGCAAAAGGGGCACAUAAUGCGUUACUGGAAAGAAAGCCAAGAUCCCAAACCCACUGACUUCUUGUCAAAAUUCUUGCAAGGUGUGAAUUAGUGAAAUCGUUUAGUUAAACUAUUAAAAUAUAUGAUAAAAUUUCCUACACGUCA